AAGCUGAUUGGGUGUGGCCGCCGUGACCGGACGCCGCUCGGGGGACGUGGGAGGGGAGGCGGGAAACAGCAUAGUGGGUGUGGGGUCGGGCAGUUCCUUCUGCCAGGAGGUGAGGAGGUUCCGACAUGGCGGUGCAACCUAAGGAGACGCUGCAGCUGGAGAGCGCGGCCGAGGUCGGCUUCGUGCGUUUCUUUCAGAGCAUGCCGGAGAAACCGACCACCACGGUGCGCCUUUUCGACCGGGGCGACUUCUAUACGGCUCACGGCGAGGACGCGCUGCUGGCCGCCCGGGAGGUGUUCAAGACCCAGGGGGUGAUCAAGUAUAUGGGGCCGGCAGGAGCAAAGAAUCUGCAGAGUGUUGUGCUUAGUAAAAUGAAUUUUGAAUCUUUUGUAAAAGAUCUUCUUCUGGUUCGUCAGUAUAGAGUUGAAGUUUAUAAGAACAGAGCUGGAAAUAAGGCAUCCAAGGAGAAUGAUUGGUAUUUGGCAUAUAAGGCUUCUCCUGGCAAUCUAUCUCAGUUUGAAGACAUUCUCUUUGGUAACAAUGAUAUGUCAGCUUCCAUUGGUGUUGUGGGUGUUAAAAUGUCCACAGUUGAUGGCCAGAGACAGGUUGGAGUUGGGUAUGUGGAUUCCAUACAGAGGAAGCUAGGACUGUGUGAAUUCCCUGAUAAUGAUCAGUUCUCCAAUCUUGAGGCUCUCCUCAUCCAGAUUGGACCAAAGGAAUGUGUUUUACCUGGAGGAGAGACUGCUGGAGACAUGGGGAAACUGAGACAGAUUAUUCAAAGAGGAGGGAUUCUGAUCACAGAAAGAAAAAAAGCUGACUUUUCCACGAAAGACAUUUAUCAGGACCUCAACCGGCUGUUGAAAGGCAAAAAGGGAGAACAGAUGAAUAGUGCUGUAUUGCCAGAAAUGGAGAAUCAGGUUGCAGUUUCAUCAUUGUCUGCGGUAAUCAAGUUUUUAGAACUCUUAUCAGAUGAUUCCAAUUUUGGACAGUUUGAACUGACUACUUUUGACUUCAGCCAGUACAUGAAAUUGGAUAUUGCAGCAGUCAGAGCCCUUAACCUUUUUCAGGGUUCUGUUGAAGAUACCACUGGCUCUCAGUCUCUGGCUGCCUUGCUGAAUAAGUGUAAAACCCCUCAAGGACAAAGACUUGUUAACCAGUGGAUUAAGCAGCCUCUCAUGGAUAAAAACAGAAUAGAGGAGAGAUUGAAUUUAGUGGAAGCUUUUGUAGAAGAUGCAGAAUUGAGGCAGACUUUACAAGAAGAUUUACUUCGUCGAUUCCCAGAUCUUAACCGACUUGCCAAGAAGUUUCAAAGACAAGCAGCAAACUUACAAGAUUGUUACCGGCUCUAUCAGGGUAUAAAUCAACUACCCAAUGUUAUACAGGCUCUGGAAAAACAUGAAGGAAAACACCAGAAAUUAUUGUUGGCAGUUUUUGUGACUCCUCUUACUGAUCUUCGUUCUGAUUUCUCCAAGUUUCAGGAAAUGAUAGAAACAACUUUAGAUAUGGAUCAGGUAGAAAACCAUGAAUUCCUUGUAAAACCUUCAUUUGAUCCUAAUCUCAGUGAAUUAAGAGAAAUAAUGAAUGACUUGGAAAAGAAGAUGCAGUCAACAUUAAUAAGUGCAGCCAGAGAUCUUGGCUUGGACCCUGGCAAACAGAUUAAACUGGAUUCCAGUACACAGUUUGGAUAUUACUUUCGUGUAACCUGUAAGGAAGAAAAAGUCCUUCGUAACAAUAAAAACUUUAGUACUGUAGAUAUCCAGAAGAACGGUGUUAAAUUUACCAACAGCAAAUUGACUUCUUUAAAUGAAGAGUAUACCAAAAAUAAAACAGAAUAUGAAGAAGCCCAGGAUGCCAUUGUUAAAGAAAUUGUCAAUAUUUCUUCAGGCUAUGUAGAACCAAUGCAAACACUCAAUGAUGUAUUAGCUCAGCUAGAUGCUGUUGUCAGCUUUGCUCAUGUGUCAAAUGGAGCACCUGUUCCAUAUGUACGACCAGCCAUUUUGGAGAAAGGACAAGGAAGAAUUAUAUUAAAAGCAUCCAGGCAUGCUUGUGUUGAAGUUCAAGAUGAAAUCACGUUUAUUCCUAAUGAUAUAUACUUUGAAAAAGAUAAACAGAUGUUCCACAUCAUUACUGGCCCCAAUAUGGGAGGUAAAUCUACAUAUAUUCGACAAACUGGGGUGAUAGUACUCAUGGCCCAAAUUGGGUGUUUUGUGCCAUGUGAGUCUGCAGAAGUGUCCAUUGUGGACUGCAUCUUGGCCCGGGUAGGGGCUGGUGACAGUCAGUUGAAAGGAGUCUCCACAUUCAUGGCUGAAAUGUUGGAAACUGCUUCUAUUCUCAGGUCGGCAACCAAAGAUUCCUUAAUAAUCAUAGAUGAAUUGGGAAGAGGAACUUCUACCUACGAUGGAUUUGGGUUAGCAUGGGCUAUAUCAGAAUACAUUGCAACAAAGAUUGGUGCUUUUUGCAUGUUUGCAACCCAUUUUCAUGAGCUUACUGCCUUGGCCAAUCAGAUACCAACUGUUAAUAAUCUACAUGUCACAGCACUCACCACUGAAGAGACCUUAACUAUGCUUUAUCAGGUGAAGAAAGGUGUCUGUGAUCAAAGUUUUGGGAUUCAUGUUGCAGAGCUUGCUAAUUUCCCUAAGCAUGUAAUAGAGUGUGCUAAACAGAAAGCCCUGGAACUCGAAGAGUUUCAGUAUAUUGGAGAAUCACAAGGAUAUGAUAUGGAACCAGCAGCAAAGAAGUGCUAUCUGGAAAGAGAGCAAGGUGAAAAAAUUAUUCAGGAGUUCCUGUCCAAGGUGAAACAAAUGCCCUUUACUGAAAUGUCAGAAGAAAACAUCACAAUAAAGUUAAAACAGCUAAAAGCUGAAGUAAUAGCAAAGAAUAAUAGCUUUGUAAAUGAAAUCAUUUCACGAAUAAAAGUUACUACGUGAAAAAUCCCAGUAAUGGAAUGAAGGUAAUAUUGAUAAGCUAAUUGUCUGUGAUACUUUUAUAUUGUUUUAUAUUAAUUCUUUUUCCAUAGUGUUAACUGUCAGUGCCCAUGGGCUAUCAACUUAAUAAGAUAUUUAGUAAUAUUUGUCUCUGAGGACAUUUUCAAAGAUCUUUAUUUUGAAAAAUGAGAGCUGUAACUGAGGACUGUUUGCAGUUGACAUAGGCAAUAAUAAGUGAUGUGCUGAAUUUUAUAAAUAAAAUCAUGUAGUUUGUGGAAUUUGA